GGCUUUAUCCACUAAACAUAUAAUUGUCUCAUUCCGUCUCUCUCCUUCUAUACCCCUCCACCCCCCACCCCCCUCUCUCUCACUCCGUCAGUGUGAUCAAUUUCUUUACUUCCUCCUUUUGGAGUGGCUGAGCUGAAUACCAGAACACAGGAUAUGCUUCACAGCACUCUCAGUUUCACAGCAGUAGCAGCAGCAGCAGAGCCAGCAGCCGUGAGGACGACACGCUCUGCAGUCAAGAUGAGCGCUGGGGAUGUGGUCUGGACCGGCUGGCUCAUUAAAUCCCCUCCGGAGAAAAAACUAAAGAGAUUUGCGUGGAGGAAACGCUGGUUUGUACUCCGAAGAGGUCGCAUGAGCGGUAAUCCUGAUGUGCUGGAAUACUACCAAAGCAAAAACUCCAAGAAGCCGAUCCGCACCAUCGACCUGAGAGAGUGCGAGGUUGAGAUGUUGAAUGGGCAACUGCGCGUAAAGCGAGACUUCCACGGGAAGCACCUCUUUGUGGUCAAGACCUCGUCUCGCAUCUUUUACCUUGUGGCCAAAACUGAGGAGGAGAUGAAAACCUGGAUCAGCAGCAUCAGUCAAAUUUGUCAGUUUGGGAGCCUGGAUGAUGCAGAGAGCUCAGAGGAAGGCUUUCCUCUCACCCCAAGCUCCCUUCAGCUGACACCCGACAGCUCUGACCGAGCAUCUGUAGCCAGCCAGCCGGACAUCAGCCAUCCACCGGACUACCUCUUUCUCUCACAAUGUGAGACGGGGAGUGUAAGCACUAGUAGACGUGACAGCUUUUCAAACUCCGAGAUCUCUCUGGAGCAGAAGUCAACAGACGAUGCUGUCAAGGACAUUUGCACUGAUUCCUCAUCAUCCUCUGUCUCUCACGCUAGCCCAAGCCCAUCUCUUUUCCCCCACGGAAGGUUGACUAACUCCCCCUUCAGUGCCCCAUGCGCCUCUGUAGCUUUACCAUCAUCUUCUUCUUCUCCACUACUUCCCGGACCCAAAAGUGUCUUCAAGUUUGACAAACCCUAUCCUUCCACGCCGUUUGAGGCAACAGGAGAUGGACUAACACCCCCUCCACUGCCACCAAAGCCCAAUCACCUGUCAGAGCAGCAGUUAAGUGAUGAAGGAGCUCACAGGCCAAGAGCAAUAAGCGCGUGGCACUUCCACAGCAACAAUGCAUUAUUUCCCCGGAGGACGUCACUUUCGAGUCUGGACCAUUUCAGAAUAGGAGAAGCUGACGGGAGGCAGAUGAGAAACCGGAGGCAAAGUGUUAAUUUGCCUUGUUUUCAUACCACACAAGUUCAAAGCUACCAGGAUGAGUCAUACGUCCCCAUGGCUUCCCCCUCACCCUCUAUUCCUACUCUUGAAUCAACUGAUGGUUACAUCCCCAUGAGCCCCAGGGCAUUCAGCUUCCUCAACCCCACCAGCAGUACUGAGCCCUCCUCGUCUCUCAGCCCACUGAUGUGUCAAUCUGGAGAUGUCACGCCGCCUCCGAUACACCGACACCUAAAGCCCCGCUUGAGGAGAGCCCGACCCCCACCCCUUGACUUGAGAGGCCUUUCUACAAUCACAGAAUUUCCCACUCAUCUUCCUUUGAGCAGAGCAAUGACUGAAUCAUGCUUUUCAGCAAACUGUUUACCUCUUGAAAAAUCUUUGAAUGGGGACAAGUCAAGAGAUGAAGUCACAGUCUGCUCGGCAAUGGAAUCAAGGCAGUUUGGUCUCACCUUUGAUGGAGUGGUUCAUCCCUGGAUGAGAAGCUCAAACCUCGAUUAUUUGUCACUGGAUUUCAAUUCCGCCUCCCCUUCUCCUGUGCAGAAGCAGAAGCCCUUUCUGUCUGAUGAGCACAGAGUGGAUUACGUACAGGUGGAUGAGAAGAAGACUCAGGCACUUCAAAACACCAAAAUGGAGUGGACAGAUGUCCGGCAGUCAAAAACAUGACUGGAAAAUACAUGAAGGAUAAAUCAGAGAGACACACAAAACAACUAAGACUUUUAAUAUAUGAAGAGGACCAAAAAAGAGCACUUUUAAAAGAGUAUUAUAAUACAGUUGCAAGAAUAUGUAAGCAGUCGUGCUCUUUUGCAAAGAGGAAACACAAAAAUGCACAGCAUAAACUAUGUGAACCUUCUGUGGAGCUGAAUUGUAAAUACUGCCUGAUCAUGCACUCUUCACUGUGAUUUUUCCGUAGCAUAAGCUUUGACCAAAUUGCGAGAAGGGCGUUACAUUGCAUUAAAAAAGACUGACUGUAAAUAUGUAUAUGUAUAAUAAUUAUGGUUGUAAAGAUAUUUUUAAGAUAAAAUGUUUUAUAUAUUUCUUUCUCUCAUUAUGUGGUGAAAUGAUCCUUCCUGAACUUUUUUUUUAAAAAAAAAAGAAAAAAAAGCUCUUCCAGGUCUAACUUUAAAAAAUUGAAUAAAAUCACUAAAAGUGCUUUCAUAAAGCCA